AUGUCAGAGUCCCAAUCUCUAGUGAUUAAAUUGGUGGAAUUUGGCAAGUUGGCAGUCUCUGCCUUCUUGGAACUGUCCUUGUCGCAACAGAUCUCAAUCAUUGUAGUGACGCCUUUCAUCUAUACCAUGGUUUGGCAAUUUUUAUAUUCGUUGAGAAGCGAUCGUCCUCCUAUGGUUUUCUACUGGAUUCCUUGGGUCGGUAGUGCUGUUCCAUAUGGUACCAGACCUUAUGAAUUUUUCGCCGAAUGCCAAGAGAAAUACGGCGACAUUUUCUCAUUUGUCUUACUGGGUAAGGUUAUGACCGUGUACUUGGGCGUCAAGGGACAUGAAUUUGUCUUCAAUGGUAAAUUGGCCGAUGUUUCCGCCGAAGCUGCUUACACACAUUUGACUACACCAGUGUUUGGUAAAGGUGUGGUUUAUGAUUGUCCAAACAGUCGUCUCAUGGACCAAAAGAAAUUCGUUAAAGGUGCCCUUUCAAAGGAGUCCUUCACUAAAUACGUCCCAUUGUUAGUGGAAGAAGUGAACAAGUACUUCCGUACCUCUAAGAACUAUGAUAUGAACCACAAAACCCACGGUACCGUUGAAGUUAUGGCUGCACAACCCGAGAUGACAAUCUUUACCGCCUCUAGGACACUUUUGGGUAAAGAAUUACGUGAAAAAUUGGAUACUGGAUUUGCUCAUUUGUUUGGUGAUUUAGACAGAGGUUUCACGCCAAUCAACUUUGUCUUCCCCAACAUUCCUUUGCCCGUUAACCACAGAAGAGACCAUGCUCAGAAAACAAUUUCUAACACUUACAUGUCUUUGAUUCGCAAGAGACGUCAAAACAAUGACAUUCAGGACAGAGAUUUGAUCGAUUCUUUGAUGAAAAACUCCACUUACAAGGACGGUGUCAAGAUGACUGAUCAAGAGAUCGCCAACUUGCUAAUUGGUAUCUUGAUGGGUGGUCAACACACUUCUGCGGCUACUUCCUCAUGGGCUUUACUUCACUUGGCUGAGAAACCAGAUCUUCAAGAAGAAUUGUACCAAGAACAGAUGCGUGUCUUGGAUAACGGUAAGAGAGAAUUGACUUAUGAAGCAUUACAGGAAAUGCCAUUGUUGAAUCAAAUGCUUAAGGAAACUUUGAGAAUGCACCAUCCAUUGCACUCUUUGUUUAGAAAGGUUAUGAGAGACAUGCAAGUUCCUAACACUUCUUAUGUGGUCCCUAAGGGUCACCAUGUCUUGGUUUCACCUGGUUAUUGCCAUUUGCAGGACUCUUACUUCCCAAAUGCUAGGGAGUUCAAUUUGCACCGUUGGGAUCAAGAUGCUGCCUCUUCUUACAACACUGGUGAAAAGGUUGAUUAUGGGUUUGGUGCCAUUUCCAAGGGUGUCUCAUCUCCUUAUUUGCCUUUCGGUGGUGGUAGACACAGAUGUAUUGGUGAGCAAUUUGCAUUCUUGCAAAUGGGUGUUAUCAUGUCUUUGUACAUUAGAACUCUAAAAUGGCACUUUGCUCCAGGUAGAACUGUGCCAGAGCCAGAUUUCGAAAGUAUGGUGACUUUGCCUAAGCUACCAGCCGAAAUCGUGUGGGAAAAGAGGUUUCCAGAGCAAGUGAUCUGA